AAUCAUUCUGCCUCGUGGUUGGCAUCCACUUUGUCGUUGACUACUUCUGACCGAGUUCCCUCCUUAUCAUCCAGUCUUCGUUAGGUAUCUAUUUCUUCGGCGGGCCCUGCUGCUGACUUCCCUCGCGACUGAACCUCUUUCCUCGGCGCACUCUCAAUCUAACUUUCUAAGGGCCACCCUCUCCCGCACUGCUGGGACCAUCUUCUGUACACUACUUCACCCGCGCAUCCCUUUCCUUCCUGUGUGACAUACUCUUCACCCUCUAUCCAACAUGUCUAUUAUUCUCGAGCCCCCCGAGUUGGGAUUUAAGCGCCCCUUCGAUCGUGAGGUGUGCCAGAUCUUGCAUUUGAAGAAUGACAACGCUGAGCCGGUGGUCUUCAAGGUCAAAACGACUGCCCCUAAACAUUAUUGUGUUCGCCCGAACUCGGGCCGGAUAGACCCUGGAAAGAAUGUCGACGUUCAAGUUCUGCUCCAGGCCAUGAAGGAAGAACCUGCAGAUGAUGCCAAGUGCAAGGACAAGUUCCUAGUCCAGACUGUUGCCGUCACUCGCGAUAUGGAGUUUGCCAAUGUUACUUCGAUUUUCGAGAAAUCUUCCAAGGCUUCGCUUCAAGAACGCAAGAUCCGUGUGAACUGGCUGCCUGCAGAUGAUUCCUCAGCUGCCGAACAAGUCACCGAAUCGAAUGGCACUAUGCCGGAAGAAGAACCCCCAGUCUACACCUCUCCUAAUGCGAAUUUCCAGACACCUGCUGCAGCAGUUGCUAAAAGCGCUAACGACACGUCACCGAUCCCACCGCCAGAUUUCAGCGAUAAGCCCAAGCGGGAAGUGUCGACCCCACAAGCGAUUACUGAGAGCCCAGCCACGUCUACAAAGUCGGCCAUGAUGGGCGGGGCAGCAAGUUCAAGCGAUGACCUGAAAGCCCAAUUGUCCGAGGCUAAUGCUCAGAUUUUGGCGCUGAAGGAGAAGUUGGCAGAUCAGGGCCUGAGGCAGCGGAAGAUCGGAGGUGAAACCGAAAAGGCGCCGGCGCCAUUGGUGCAGCAACAGCCGCAAUCUGCCGAGGCAGGCGUGCCAGUGCAGAUGGUCGCUGGCUUGUGCCUCCUCAGCUUCCUGAUCGCAUACUUCUUCUUUUAAUUUCUCAGUCUUUUGAGUCGUCUUCUUUGUGCUCCGCGCUCGCUUGAACUUCUUUUUUUU